AUGCCACCGGACUUUGCCUACACCUCCCAGGGCCAAUCGCUUCGCUCCGCCCCUCCCGGCCGUGUCUCGGUGCCGAGCGCCGCCCAGCCCGCUCGGAGCGGCGGCGCGGCGCGGGGCCCGCCGGGAGCGCGGGGCGGAGCGCUCGGUGUCCUCGGGGCCGCCAUGCUGCCCGCGGAGUACUCGCCCAAGGUGCGGCAGCUGGUGCGGGACAUCGCGGGGCUCACGCUGCUGGAGGUGGCCGAUCUCAACGCGCUGCUCAAGGAGACGCUGAAGAUCCCGGACGUGGGGGUGAUGCCCGCGGCGGCCGCCGCGUCCGCCCUGCCCGCCCAGGCGGCUCCACAGGAGGAGGAGGAGGUCCCGCUCAAGAAAGAGAAAACACAUUUCACCGUCCGGCUGACGGAGCUGAAACCUGCUGACAAGGUGAAGCUGAUCAAGGAGGUGAAGAACUUCGUGCCAGGAGUGAACCUCGUGCAGGCAAAGAAGCUGGUGGAGUCCCUUCCGCAGGAGAUCAAGGCAAACACCUCCAAGGAGGAAGCAGAGAAGAUCAAAGCAGCGCUGGAGGCAGCAGGAGGGACUGUUGUUCUGGAGUAGUCUCACCCUGGAGGGACUGGCACCACGGCUGCUGCCCAAGCCGAGCCCGGACCUUUCCAAGCGCAUGGCGCGGUGGGAGUGCUCUCCCAAAAAACACUGGGGUUUGGCAGAGCUGCUGCCUCCUUCCACUAUCACCAUGAACUCUACCUUAUAAAUAUAAAAAAAAAAAAAACAUGUAAAGUGGUU